AUGGACCCACUUUCUUUCUUUACUCCUCGAUCUCGCUCUCCUCAUACCCCGCCGCGCCCCCGUACACAAACCCCCCCGGUUGCGUACCAUGGGUCCUCGCCGUUGUCGCUGCAUUCCUCCCCUCUCACACCCGUUCAGUCACCCAGAAGACCCAGCGAUUCUGGCUCUGCGUCGUCGCCUGUUGCGGGGUCUUCAGCAGUCAAAACAACAGCAGAGCAACUGGCGGCCAUUGCCGCUGAACAGGCACAGGCGCGCUACUCGUUGCGCACACGUCUGGCGCGUCAGAAGAACCCUUACGCAUACGACAAGGCUUUGUACAAGCGUCAGAUGCGCUCGAAUCCGGAGGCUAUAGUCAAAGUGAUCAGUCCGCGCCGGCGCGGGAAGGAUCGCAGUAAGAGCGCAGCGCGCUCAGGAGACGAGGGCAGUGACCCCGAGUAUUCAGGGCGGGAUGAGGACCGGGACGCGGAGGACGAGACGCGGAGGAGACGAAGUAAAAGCAGGUCGCAGAGCAUGGGUCAAGAGGCAGCGCCGGAGUCGAACGCAGAGGAAGAUGAAGGAAGAUCGUCUAGGCCACGGUCGCGACGCAGAACCCCGGGAAUGCAAGUCGCUGCUGCGCCAUCGAGACCGGGUCGCUCUAAGGACCCACCACAACGUGUGGAGUGGCAACCAAGCGCGUUCAACGAGUCGUUCAGUAGUAGCGAUGAAAGCGUCGUGAAUGACGUUACAGACAAUGCGAAGAACAGGCCGCAAGCCCAGACUCGCCGUAGGAGGGCCAGACCGUUCCCAAUGAGAAAGAAGGAUAUCGUGCGCAGGUCAGGUACCCCGGAACAAGCUGCUGAGCGUUCGACUAUUGAUGCAGCCAACAGCUCGGACGGGCAGAUGCAUGGACCCGCUCCGACGUGGCGACGACGGAAGAGUUCUACUCUAUUCCCUUUGCAAACGCCUCCGAGUUCUCCUUUCGGUGGUGAUGCGGGAUUCCAUGAUAUGCACGAGCAGCAGCCUUUCGCAGUCGACGAGGACUUCUUCCACAAUUCGGGCAGCCCCGUCCCCCCACCUUCUUCGACGCCGAUGGAUGUCAAUACAUCAUCGCCUCGUGCUCUGAUUUCACCGCGAAGUGCACGGCAAGCUGACGCGUCUGACUCUGACGUGGUUCUACUUUCCGAUGGUCGCCGGUCCUCUCCCGACCUCUCAAAGCACAAUCCUACGGAUGUCGAUAGCACCGACGAGCCAUCCGACGAACAGGAGAUGAAUGCGAAAGACCGUCAGCGUCUCAAGGUCUUGCAGCGAAUGAUGCCACGGGUACUCAUCUCACGCCAUCUGCGGAACGUGGAGAAACCUAGGCCGCGGCGCACUGCUACGCUGUCGGAGAGCAGCGGCAGCGAGAGCAGAGACGAAGGCCAACCCUUGCGACCCGGAGAGUCUAGGAUCAUCAGGCGAACCGUGUCUGGACGAGCCAAUAUCGAUAUUCGUGGGGAUUCAGAGAGCUCAGAUGUCGAGAUGGUGGAUGUUGAGCAUGAGAUCAGCUCGUCGAGUAGCUAUUCGGAGUCCGAUCUAGACAGAGUCGCGGUCCACAGGCCCCGUCAAACCUGGCACGACACAAAACAACGGUCUCAGCAGUCGGCUCCUACGGAGGAAGAGGAUACCGAUAGUGACCUAGGCCAGGAGAUCGGACAAUGGGCACCGGAAAACCCGUCUCGUCGAAACGAGCGUUCGAGAAAUGGACCAGUGCGGGAGCGGGACCUCAUCGAUCGCAUGCUGUCACGCACGAGAGUGACUGGGAGUAAGAAGCGCAAGAAGAACAGCACAGGAACAGGUCGCUCCCGCAGCGUUGGAAAGACGUCGCGAAACACGUUACACAUUGUUACAGCUGGCGCAAGGCGCACUGGGUCGGGUCGUCAAACUGUCCUUCCUUUCGACCGUGCUUCAAGAUCGCGAAGCGCAUCCCCCUCAAUCGACGUUGUUGGUAAGCCUCUGAUACACGUUCACAUUCAAGAUGGCUCUUCCAAGGCAAAGACGCGCCGCAAGCGCAGGGAACCGCGUAAUCAGGGUACCUUGUUCAUGUUUGCUGGCGAAGGCGGGCACCUAGUCUCCGGGAGAGCGCACAAGGCAGCCGUCACGAUUGAUGCGGAACAAGUCACAGCCAAUGUUGUACCUAACGUCCGUCUCGCAAAUCGAGACCGCGGCUCAGGUGCCGCGUCUAAACCGAAGUCUCGAGGAACGAAUACCGCAGCAAACACGGAGCGUACUCUGCAGGACUACUGGAAUGAAGACGAGGACGCAAUUCAACUGCACGCGCGAUCCUCCCUCGAACCAGACGCAAUAUACGGCAUCCCUUCGCGUCGGGUAACGCUUGAUUUCAACGUACCGUACCUGCCUGCCGGCCUGACUUUCGGCACCGACUGUUCCCUGGGAAGGGGAUGCCUCCACGAACUCCUUGGAAUAAUCACUGCUCAACGCGAAAUACAUUGUCCAAUGCCAUAUUCGCAUGCCAACUUCGAUCUCCGUCCAACCAUGUCUGUGCAGGACUUCGAGCUUGUCUUAGAGAAGACCUGCCAGCGUAUGCGGGAUCUGUUCUCUCAGCGAGAUCUACCAACUACGGAGGGAUCCAGGCCGUGGCAAUCCUUCUUUCAUUCGACAGUACAGCAUCUCUCUUGGCUGUUGGGCAGGGCUACGGAAGCGGAGUAUGUUUCGCUAUGUGCGUCAUUGCAAAGACAUCUCCCUCAGCUGCGCGAUAUCGUUGACGAGCCGAUGGAGGUGCUACCGGAAGAUGAAGGUCCAAACGUUCUGGAGCUAGAGAUCCGGUGGUUCAUACUGGAGGCCUCGACACGCCUCGAGUGUCAUCGCGCCAAACGUUACGGAGUUGUGGAAGGGACGGCCGUCAACCUCAAUAUCAAACGUUUGCUCGCUCGGUUGUGGGGCAUAGGCUUCAGGGAUCUGCUGAGGCCGUUCAAGGACGAUGAGGCCGGUGCUCCGAACGCGGCAGACCUAGCCUUUAUCAGAAGAGUCGCCGAACUGUGGGUAUCUGCGAUCCACUACGUCGACGCCUGGUCAUCGGCAAAAGACGUCGUUCUAGAUGAGAACGAUCGUCUCGUCUCUCUUUGGCAUAUUCUGCAUGGGCUUGUGUCACACGAAGGAUUGCUGCGCGAUAUGCCCUCCGAAGUCGCUGCCAGUGAAAUGCUGUGGCGUAGCAUCUUCACGCUCUGUUCUCUCUCACAGUUCUCCGUGCACGGAACUUCCCUGUCAUCCCCUCGCAUACCUGCCUCGUGGCAGUUCGUCAUCCUGGCGCUGGAUCGCAUCAAGCUGGCCGCAGACCCAGCUUUGGAAGCAUCUCUGUCGAAGCGUAGCUUGCACAAACGCGACGAAUACAUCCGAAUCUUGGUCGGUCGAUGCUUGAUUCUCGCUCGCACGUGGAAAUGGCCGCUAGGCGAUGCGUCCAAGUUGCUGGAGGAUGCGUCCAAGGCGUUGGAACGCUUGGCGGUGAUAUUCAAGAGUCGCCGCUUCGCCAACCUUUCUGACGAAUUCCCAGAGUUCCCGAGUUUCUUGCGGCACAGCAACAUCAAUCUCCUGUCCCAGAACAAGCCUAGCGAUACCGCGUUCACCCUCUUACUGAAGCUCAUUGUGAAGACGGCUGACGACACGCGGCCACAGACUGAUGAAAACCGGGGCGUCGUCAGUCAAACACAGAUCUUCAAUAAGCUUUCAUCCUUCUACGUCCCUCUUGGCACUGUGCCUUUCACGAAGGCCACUCCGCCAAAUCGGCAGCAACUAUCCAUGGUAUACAAUCGAUUCAGCGCGGUGGCUGUCGCCAUUUACCUUGAUUCGUCCUUGGGGAACCUCAAGUAUCGCCUCGCUAAUGCGCGACGGUACGUCAACUUCAAGGACGUUGAUGACGAAACGCGUCGCGCGUGCAUCAGAGGCCUGAUGCACCUUGCUAUCCUGCUUCGACAUCUACGUUUGCCCCUGCAGGAUAUAUGGGACUGGCUUGCCCACAUGACCGAUAUCCUGGUGGACGAGUAUAUGCAAACGUACAAUGGACGAGUAGCUGUUGGCAUCCAGAUGCUGCUCGGUUGUGUUCGCCGCAUCCUUGAGACUCCUCUCAUGGACCCGGAUCAAACUGUAUCUGAGUACCCGGAUCCCGCGUGGUUGAAAGGACCCUGGGUGAAGCGAGUGUUCACCCUCGAUACGCAGCUCAGCGCCAACGCGCUGACCGGAAUGGAGAUCCGAAAACUCGUACAGUCGUUUCUCGAUGCCAGGGCUGCGGCCCUUCCGCCUCCACGACGGACGCGACCGUCAGCAGACACAGCAGAAGAUAGCCAGGAGAGCCAAGAGUACUUCGAAAUGGAGGAAAUGAAUUGGGAUGACCCUGAGCUUGUCGCUGCACUUGAUCCCGAGAACUCGGCCAAGGCGCAAGAGCUGAAGCAGAAGGAUGAAGCCGUUUGCGAGAUCAUUGCACAAGACAUCGUAGAGACGAUCUAUCGUCUAGUGAUGAGGCACUUCAGCGGCCCCAAUGAUUCCGAGACUCUGGAACAAUAUAGUGACGAGACGGACCGAUGGGUAGAUUGCUGGGUCGGGUGUGCUAGCGUGCUAGUGCAGAAUGGCAAAAGGGAUUGGUCUUGGUACCUCACCUUGGGCCCCCAGUCUUGGGAGAAGAUUAGCGACGAUUCGUGGCGUCGCCGUGUCGGCUUGCGCUUCAUGAUGAUGGUCCUUAGGCUCGAUCCUUCCGCUUACUCCGCGUACCAGUUCCAAUUCCUUGAUGUCCUCUUGCAGUGCCUGGUGGCAGCAAAAACCACCAUCGAACACGAGUACAUGUCCCUGCUCUGUUCGAUUGAUGGCCUGCGACAUCCGCUUCUCGAGGAUAUGCCAUGCACGCAGGACGCGGAAUCUGCGGACUACAAGAUCUCCAGGAAAGAUUUCGCAGACAAGCGGCUCUCUUUUGUGCAGAAGAUCGUCGCAAACCUUGGGCAUCAUCUUCUGGCCAAUCCGGGUCCAGAGCCUAAGACCGUCGCGCUACGGGAGAAGUGUGUUGGGUCUGUGCUCACCAUGCUGGCGACCAUGCAGAACAUACAUCAGUCGCUACCAACAGACUCUGAAGAGCGUGCAAAGUACACGUCCUUCUGUCAGCAAGUCUAUAGCUACUUCGCUCCCUUCCACAAUCUCAAGACCAAUCCUCGCCUUGCUCCUCUCGCUCAAUGGGCAGGAUCGCUCUGA